AUGUCGCCAGUCGAUAUCCCCUUUAUCCAUUCCGAGCUUGUUGACAGUGAGGAAAUUGCUCGUGUUUGCGCAACCACCCUACCUGUUCGCAAAAGCAAGUACAGUCAUUUAGCAGAGAAAGCUGUCUCCGAUUUCCAGCAGCAGUGGCAGCAGGAAGUUCGGUUCGCAUACUGUGGAGGAAGUUCUCCGCAGGGCCCCGUCACUGCCUUCUUUCCCCCGGAAAGUAAACCAGAUCGAGUUGAGGUUUUCACGAAGCUCAUUGAGUACUUUUUUGCUCAUGAUGAUGUUCUCGGAGUUUCCGGAAGCGUUGAGGUCGACAGAACCGAAUCCCCAGAUGCGAUUGGAUGGGGAAUACGCAGAGGAACGAUCAGCAGUGCCCGAACCAGCGCAAUGAAACAAAUUCAGUCAGAAGUGUUUUUGCGUCUUGUUGAAAUCGACAGACCACGAGGAAACCUCAUCCUUCACGCUAUCAACAAGCUUUCCCGGGUUCACGAGACGAUAGACUCUCGGGACCUCAAGACUUGGGAUGAUCUACUGCAGUAUCGUGUCCAGGAUUUCGGAGCAGAGUAG